AUGAGGCCUGAAGUUGCAGCGAAUGUGGUUGAACCCUAUCCCAUUCAUCUACACGAUGAAGUGAUAGCGGGCUUCUCAAGAGGAUCAUCGGAGCUCGGAAUUCCAACAGCUAACAUUCAUGUCACUGACUCACUUCAAGCUCUAGAACCGGGUAUUUAUUUUGGCUUCUCAAAAUUGCGUUGUCGGAAUGAACUCCAGCCUGAAAUCAAGUCAAGUGUCAAAGGACAGGAGAUUAAUUUUAACUAUGGUCAGCAUUUGAACAAGAAGGACCUUGAGGUUUUGCCAAUGGUGAUGUCUAUAGGGUACAAUCCUUUUUACAACAACAAGGAGAAAGCGGCGGAGGUUCACAUUAUACACGAGUUUCUGGACACAUUUUACGGGGCACAAAUUGAAUUGGUUAUACUUGGAUAUUUAAGACCUGAGCUCGACUACAUAAGUAAGGGUAUGUUUUAA